GUCUGUAGCUUAAGUUCAGGCGGAGCAGCAGGGUAAAGCCCUUCAGAGUGAGCGACAGACAAGGGGAGAGAGUCGACAUGGCCCAGAAAAAUAACUUUCAGUUCUCCAUCAGGGAAUAUAGACCUUCAGAUCAACAUAUGGUCAUGUCACUCUUUCGUGAUGGGAUACUCGAACAUGUGUACCCGGCCUUCUUCAGGGCCUUGAGUCACCCAGACCACAUCGGCAUUGCUCUGAGCAUUUCCAUGGCCGGCUAUGUGCUAGGAGGCAGCUCCUACUUCCAAGCUUUACUCUUUGGCAGCGCAUGGGCUGGCCUCAUUUAUUACUGCUGCUACGACAUCUACGAAGGCUACAUGUUGAGGCGUCUGAGCACAGACAUGGCCGACAUUCAAGCCAACUACCUGGAAAACCCAGAUAAUGGUUUCUGGGUGGCAGAGGCAGACAUUAACGGCCAGCCCAAGGUGGUGGGGGUGGCGGCGGUGAUGGGGAAGAGGGGGGAGGAAGAAGCUGAGAGGUUUGACGACUGGAACGGAGGAGUGAUGGGAGAAAGCUCGGAGUUUGUCCAAGAUGCCGGAGAUGGGAGUUACGCUGAGAUGUCCCACAUGGUUGUGGUGUUUCCAUGGCGCCGCAAAUGCCUGGGCUCACAGCUGACGCGGAAGGCCCUGGACUUCUGCAAAGAGCAAGGCUACGCCCGCCUGGUUCUGGACGUCAGCUCGCCACAGACGGCGGCCGUUUCCCUCUACCAAAAAUUCGGCUUUGUUCAAACUGCAUCCCACAGUAACACACACGCUAAUCGCUGGUUCUCCAAGCUGGCCCGAAUAAAUGUGAUGCGAAUGGAGAAGUUCAUUUAA